GAAGAAGGAUGAGUACAAAAUAGCGAAACUUCUUUCUUCAAUUCAUGUCUGUCAGCUGAGUCACGAUCUGCCCGUUUAUGAGCUUCAGUUAUUUGGUCGAUAGUAUUUCGCUCUGUUAAACAAAGAGAAUAGAAAUAGAAAAGUCCCCUGCUGUAGCAAGAUAACUUCGACACAAGUGCAUCAGUGAACCGGCUUGUUGUUUGUGGUGUUGUUCUUCUUUGUCUAUCCCGCUCCUGCCAAUUUUUUGACGUUUCCUAACGUCACAUACCGGCAUUAAGAAGUUUCGUGUAAUUUUAUUCAGUUCUCUCGAAUACGAACGUUCCUCUAUAAAAAUAAUGGAAAAUAAGGAUCUGUUCUUAGAAGCCGGUGAUGGUUUCGCGAAAGAGAGCCACAUAGGAGCCCCCAUUCAAAGAGAGCACGAUUCGAUCGACGACUUCGAGCAUUUAGGACACGAAUCUCUGGUACAAAAAGAUAUUACCCAUGACUCUCAGACAGUGAAAAAUGAAAUAAGUGAUUUGCUGAUAGGUCAUACUGAUGACCUUCAUGAAAUAAUCAAUAAAGGGGUUGAUUCUGCCCACAAGGAUGGAAUUGAAAACGCCAGUGCAGCGCAAAGUUUUUCCCCAGAUUUUGUUGAAGAUUUAGGCCGAAGAGAAACAUCCGCUAUGAAUUCAAAUUUAAUUUCAACAGUUGAUGAUUUUCCGAGUUCCCUUGAAGGUAAAGAAAAAUUGGAUCAAUAUCUUCAGGGUGCAGCGUUUGGUGACGAUAAAAAUUUUAUGUCCGACUUCAAAAACAACGACGUAAUGCCCCAUCAAACUAUAAAAUCUGCAACCUACGAUUUCAUGGAAGCUGAGAAAGGAAUACAGGACACAAUUUCAUCAAAAAAAGAGGAAUUUGAGGAUAAGAGUCCUAAGCAUGGAGAUCUGUCAAAAGAUAAGGGCGAAAAGGAAUCGUUCAGUUCUUUAGAAAAUUUAUUAUCCGAUGAUUUCCGAGAUGUUGCAGAAGAAUUUGAAUAUCAUGCCUCUCCAUCCAAAGAGGAACCUAAAUCUAAGGAUAAAGAAGUUGUGAAUACCGCAAGUUCGAAUCUUGUAUUUGAGGACGCAAAAUCUGAAAAAGUGUUGCCUGAAGUUCAACCAAAAGAAACACGAGAAAAGGAUAAGAAAGUCACGUUAGCCAAGGAACCUACUGUUUCUUCUGGUAGAAAAGAAGGGCCUGAAAAUGUUAUUGAAGCUGAAGUUUUCUUCUGUAAAAUGGGGCUAGAUACAUGGUUCAAUCCUCAGAAACUAAAUCCCAAAGUGGAAAGCCUAAUAUACUGGAGGGAUCCCAAGAAAUCCGGGCCUGUUUUUGGAGGUGUACUAUUAGUUCUUCUAGCACUCACAUACUUCUCCCUAAUUAGUGUAAUAGCCUAUCUCUCAUUAUUGGGACUGACUGCAACUAUCUCCUUCCGGGUUUACAAGAAUGUGGUUCAAGCAGUACAGAAGACAGGAGAGGGCCAUCCCUUCAAAGAAUUUUUAGAGUUCGAUCUCUCAUUGCCCCCAGAAAAAGUCAAGGAAAUUUCUGAAGUUGUCGUUGCCCACGUGAAUGCUGGACUCUCAGCCCUCAGAAGGCUAUUUUUGGUUGAAGAUUUGAUUGACUCCAUCAAAUUUGGAGUGUUCAUGUGGACUCUUACCUAUGUUGGCUCAUGGUUCAAUGGCAUGACCCUAGUCAUUCUUGCAUGGGUCGCCCUUUUCACCCUUCCAAAGGUCUAUGAAACCAACAAAACCCAGAUUGAUGCCAACCUAGAAUUUGUUAAAUCAAAAUUAGCAGAGGUUACUUCAAAGGUUAGAGCAGCUGUUCCACUCGGCAAGAAAGAAGAGAAGAAGGACUAAAAUAAGUUUCAUUAUAAAUAAAUAUUUAUCCAUGAACAAAUUUUUUUUAAAGUAAUGAAGAUUUUUAAAGAUUAAAGGAAACUUAUUUAUAGAGAUUAAACUCCAAUUUUAAGUCUU